UUGCGUUUCAAGUGUUACUGAUUCUCAUCACAAUACAAACAACCGCUUAUAGGGGACAUCAUCCUGAAGUGCAUUAUUUUUAUAUGGAAAAUAAAAUAUGGCUCAGAGAGAGCGUGUAUCUGUUUUUUUUUGAGACACUAUUUAUCAGCCGCGCUGUAUCAGUGAUAUUUUUUUUCUAUUUUAAAGUCAUGACAUUAACCAAACGCCUUCAUGAUGGCAAUGAAAUACCAGUUCUCGGCUUAGGAACUUACCGUAUGCGAUCAGAAGAAGAACUCCGGCCAGUCAUUACUGAAGCGAUUCGUUGUGGAUAUCGGUUAAUUGAUUCGGCAACAGUCUAUAAGAAUGAGGAAGUAUUGGGAAAAAUCUUGAAAGACAUUUUUACAGAUCCUUCUUUUGGUAUACAACGCAAAGACCUGUUUAUAACGUCUAAGCUAUCGCCUCAAGAUCAAGGAUAUGACAACUGCUACAAAGCUGUAAACAAGUCUCUUGAACGAUUUGGCUUAGAUUAUUUUGACCUUUAUUUGAUACACUGGCCAGGCACUGCAAAAAAGCAAUUAAGUGACCCUAUCAAUUCCGAAAAUCGUAUGGGCAGUUAUAGAGCACUAGAACAAUUAUAUAAAGAAGGGAAAUUGAAACAAAUAGGCAUAUCUAAUUACACUGUGAAGCACUUAAGCGAACUAUUGCAAAAGUGUGAAAUCGUGCCUCACGUACAUCAAUUUGAACUUCAUCCAUAUCUUUAUCAAACUGAAUUACUUAACUUAUGCCAGCAACACAACAUUCAAGUGCAAGCUUAUUCUAGUUUAGGCGAAGGAAAGCUUGUCAAUGGUGAAAUCAAAAUAGACUGCCUAAACGAUAUUGCUCAAAGGCUACGAACCACACCAGCUGUUGUGCUCCUACGUUGGGCGGUGGACCAUGGCUGGCUGAUUAUUCCAAAAAGCAAAACUCCUACAAGAGUAAAAGAAAAUGCAUCUGUAUUAGAUGUCCAACUUUCAGAUGAAGACAUAAAGCUACUGGACGAUAUUCAUAAUGCAAAAACUCGUAGAUUUUGUUGGGAUCCUACCAAUGUCUAUUAAUAUAUUAAUUAGCUAUCGAUUGAAUUCUUGUUAAAGAUUUACAAUAUAGUGCUAGUCUUAUAUUCUUGAAGAGAAGUUUUAUGAUACGCAAAAAGAAAUACAAAAGAGCUUUAUUGAUCAAGUAUUGUUAUGUCUUUAAAAGAU